AUGAGUGUCGCGCAAGUCGAAGGCAGAAAGUGCGUGUGUACGAGCAAAGCCUGCAAAGAAGCCGGCAUAGAUACUUGUAGAACGAGAUUCUUCUGCUAUACCGAACUUAUCGUGACAACGGGACGAGAAAUCGGUGAAAGUACGAUCACGAGAGGAUGCACGGAGGGUGCCACGCCAUUGUUGUGCGAAACAAAGUCCUGGGUCACGAGGUCGCGUUCGGUCAACGCCAUGGAACUGUCGACAAGUCCUCGGGUUCUCGUGCCCUGGCCCAGAUUGAAAUGUUGCAACAGUCAUGACUACUGCAACGCUAAUGACGACGACGACGACGACGAGAAUGCAAGCACGCACGAAAGAAAGACUCAGAUUGAUCGGACGUAUUCUACGGUAAAUCGCGAAACGCCGAUGGACCAUCUAACGUCAACGAAUCGUUAUACAAUGUUACAACCUGAUCGAAAGUAUAAGGACUCGAUCGAAUCAUCCAAUCGACUUCUCCAGAAUCGCAUCAAAGCGCUUCAUAUCGCCGCUCUUGUCCUUGCUGUCGCAGUCCUUAUAUCCGUCCUUGCGUCUUGUUAUGUGAUUACAAGGGAUACACAUAAUUCUCGUCUCGAUCGUAUGCCGCUGAUCGACUAA